AUGGCAGAACCUUACCAUCUCUUUGUCGGUGGAUACGGAGGAUGCAUCUACACCUUGGAGUUCACCCCACCUUCGCAAGGAAGGAACGCGACCUUGACUGAGACGCGACCACCAAGUGGGGGGGAGGGGUCUACGAUAGUGAAAAGUGCCGGGGCCGCGCCGACUUGGUUGACGUUGAGUUCGGAUCGGGCUUAUCUUUGUGAGUGAUGGAGCUUUGGGGUUGGACUGGACUGGACCAGUGCUGACACGACUCCACUUGCCCACCGACCCCUAUCUCCGACGCCCCUAUGCCGACUGAUAAAUCCGACAAUCUUUCCUCCGAAUUUCAUACCAAACGUGAUAUAUCGCUCCUCGUGCAUUUCAGACGCAACGGAUGAAUGGAACGAACCUGAAGGCCAACUCACAGCCUACAAAGUCGACCCCAAGACCCUUGCGCUGAAAAAGCUCUCGACGGUCUCCUCGCAAGGCAUGUGGCCCUGCCAUUCCUCUCUUCUCGAACACACCCACCCCAGGAAAUUUGUCUCGACCAACUACAAAGGAAGGUCGAUUGUCGUUCAUCAAGUGAAGGAGAAUGGAGAUUUCGAUACCGAGGUCGAGGCGGUCGUCCAUUCCCUUGCGGAGAGGGGUACCCCCGGACCUCAUUCGUGGAGACAGACGCAACAACAUCCUCAUGAGGCGCAUGUCGAUCCGACGGGGAAAGUCUUGGUCGUUUCAGAUCUCGGUAAGUGAGGGAAAAACUCUCGGACAUGAGGGUUCGCCUGGCGGAUGACUGAUCCUGAAGGCCUCCUAUAAUUGAACUCGGCCUCUCGAUGCCGAACAGGUACCGACGACCUCCGCGUAUACCUCAUCUCCCCCUCCGGUACGCUCACGCACCACGUCAACGUCGCUCUCACACCUUCCUCCGGACCUCGUCACGUCGCCUUCUCCCCUCCUACCGUCUCUCACUCGACGCUCUACGUCUCGAACGAACUGAGCAACUCCGUCAGCGUUUUCCGCGUCACUUACGCCAAUGACGAAGCAUCAACGCCUUCCUUCAAACUCUUGCAAGAUUCCAUCUCGACCCUCCCCGAUGCUCCCAAGGGUACUCAAUCCCCUUUCGAGCGAUGGCACGCCUCGGAAAUCAAAGUCCACCCCAGUGGGAAAUGGUUAUACAUCGCGAACCGAGCCGAGGAUCAUGAUCCUUUGAACGGGACCAAAGAAGGGGAGAAUGAUUCCGUGGCCAUCUUCCCCAUCGAUAUCGAAACGGGCAAGAUCGAUCCCAGAGGAAUAAAGUUGAUCGAUUGUGGGGGAAGGGGUCCGAGGCAUUUCGCUUUUUCUGCUGAGAGUAAGAGGGAGAGGAAGGCUGGAAAUGGGGAGGAGGAUCUUUGGGUCGCUAUUGCGGUUCAUGAUUCGGAUGAGGUCGUGUUGAGUAAGGUCAAGGAGGAGGAUGGAACGUGGGAAGAAGUGGCGAGGUUGGAUGGACUAGGAAGACCUGGGAUCGCGUUGUGGGUCUAG